AUGAAAGACGGCAUCGCCAACAACAGCACAGCCAGCAUCUCCGAAGCCAGGAAAGCUGUGGAGCAGCUUAAAAUGGAGGCCUGCAUGGAUAGGAUAAAGGUGUCCAAAGCUGCCGCAGACCUGAUCGCCUACUGCGAUGCCCACAUACGGGAAGACCCUCUCAUCGUACCCGUCCCGGCCUCAGAGAACCCGUUCCGGGAGAAGAAGUUCUUCUGCGCCAUCCUCUGA